AUGAUGAGUUUGACUUUGAAAGGAUCUCAGAUAAACCUUACUAAAAAUAACACCAAUAGUGGCAGGUCAUCCGCAAGAACGUUUUCCGCAAACUGCCGUACUCGACGCGUCAACCAAGAAAUCGGAAAUCCUGAUCACUCUUCAAAUGACUUUGGGGUGUUGUCUGGUUCAUCUAUACAAUCACUUAAAGCGGAAAUGAAUGCACUCGACAAUUUAUUCUGUGAAGAUGACUACAACACGUAUGGCAACUUAAAUGAAGCAAAUACUACAGAUUCGACUGCACUUAAAAAGAAUGAACGCAGUUCAUUUUUGAGCAGUCAGAAUGACAACAGUGUGUCGCAGUGGUUAGAAACACAUUUUCAUGAUCAGAGCAUUAAUAAUGCUAAAUGGUCUAAGGUAAACGAUGACAGUGUAACACUGUGUUCAGAAAACAGAAAUGAAGAUUUCAAUUCCCUGAGUCAUGCUAAAAUGAUAGAGGAUAGUUUAGAUGCUGAUUUGGAUGAAGAGUUUUCCAAUAUUACAACAAAUAGAAAGAAAACCUUGAAUGACGGCAAUGAUGCAUACUAUGUAGACAACAAUGAAAAGGCAGAUACCCCACCACCUUGCGCAGUUAGACCGUCUUCAAAUUCAGUCAAUAUGUCGCGUCCAAUAAGCAGUCCUCAUGAUGACACUGACCUAUUAUCGGCCAAUUCUGUUGACCACAACAGACGCAAUGCAGCAGCGAUUACUAUACAGCAUUUUUGGAGACGUCAUAGAAGAAGACAUUUAGCAGCUGAGGCGGCAAUGCGUCGACUCCUGGUGGACCAGAAAAGAAGACUUAGUGAACAGAACUCAAUAAAUAAAGGACAACCUAUUCAUUCAGUUUUACAAAAUCGUCAAAUUACUUUACAAGAGAAAAGAAAGCAGCAGCGUCAAGAGGCCAUAAAGGUUUUGCACGAAAACCGACCUGUAAAGAAUUUACAGAAGCAAGAAGAUGUAAAGGGUGUGUCUGAAUCUAAUGAUUCACUUGUUAAACAUAAGGAAGAAUUAAAUAAAAAUGAACCAAAUAUUCUGAAUAAGCCUUCUUCUCCAAUUAGGGUGAAUCAGUACAAAGCUUCCAAUUCCUGCAGCAAAAUUCUCCAAAAUCAGGAGAACACAAUUUGUGUUAAAGAUGAACUCGCUCAUAAUGGCGGUUAUGAUGACUAUUUGAUGAAUGAUUCCAGUUUACCGGUUGAACAGUGUAUUACAAACUUAAAUAGCAAGGAGAGUGGAUCAGCUGUUGAUAAUAUACUUCAGGAGCUGAAAAAAUUAGAGAAUGCAGAUGACUCAACAUAUCACACAAUACGUGAUAACAGUGUGUUUGCUACAGCUGAAAAACAAAUUCCAGUAAAACAGUCUGCAGCUCCAAAUACAUGGUCUGAGAUGGUGAAAGAUAUUAGUCGCGUCUUAUCUGAGGCUGAACAGGAUGAACUGGAUUUACAUGACUCCAGAAAGCUUUGUGAUUCUUCACGAACAAUUGGUUUGAAUGGCAUUGGGGCUCGUCCUGAUUCCUCGAUCUCUAAUCAUUCUUCUCGCAUUCAAUCAAGCUCACUUGGUCAGUCGACAGCAAUUACAAACAACCAUUCACAGCUAACUGAAGAAAAUUUACGUUCGCAUACAAAAUACAGAGCUCAAAAGGAACUAGACCGAUCAAUUUCACAAUGUCGAGAGAAAUUAGCUACUUUUUGCAAGUCGAAUUAUGUCAGUGUGAACUCCAAACCUCAAGAAUCGACUAUUAAUAAUAAUUCUACUAUUAAGCGUUCAUACAGUGCGAAAACUCGUAAUCAGUCAGUGUUAUCACCUAAACUAGCCAAUGUGAGUGACACAAAUGCAAAAGCUGUGUAUCCAGUUCAUAUUAAAAACCCUAAGAAUUUUUCGAACACAUCUCUGACAAAUUUCAGCAUCCAAGAUUCAAAAGUGGAAGAUAAAUCGAUUCACAAGAAUAAUGGUGUACAAAGCAUGCGAAAUCUCUAUGACACUGCAUCUUUUUUAGAUGCCUUAAAGAUGCCGGACUCCAAUGAUGGUGAUACAAUUAUUGAAAAUCAAACUCUAUUACUAGAACUAGAGAAAAAAGAAGGUCAAAUAAAACGCUUACAACGCAUCAUAGAACAUCAAAGAGAAUUAUCUCUACGUCAACUGCAAGACACACAAAGGGAUGGUGAACAAAGAGUCGAAUCACUUAAAGCUGAUUAUGAAUGCACGAUAAAUCGAAAUUACAAGCUAAUAGAUGAGUUAAUUGAAGAGAAGAAACUGCUUCAUACAAAGUGUGAAGAACUUUUGGAAGAAUUGAAAAGCAUGACCAAGAAAUCGGAAGACAGACUUAAAACAACCGAAGAAAGACAUAAGGUUGAACUUCGAAAACUAGAAGCUAAACAUGCAGCAGCUGAAAAAGUACGUCGAGAAAAAUGGGAAGCAGAAAAGGCGAAACAUUUCAAAGAAGUGACUAUUCGUGGCAUGGAAAACGAAGUUGCUCAGAUGAUAGCUAAUCACAAGGCAGAAGUAGCACAGUUGCGUCAAACAUAUGCUGAACAGAUUCAAGCCGCUGAUGUACGAGCCUUUCAGGCUUAUACAAAUCAUAUUGAAGAAUUGAGACAAACACUGAUCAAGGAAAAGGAAGAGGCUUGCUCUAAAGAACGAGAGAUUGCUGAACAAAGGUUGAAUCAAACAUUAACGGAAGAACGUAGUUCUUUAGAGGCUCAUCGACGUAGACUGUUGAAUGAAAUUUCUGAUGAGCGUGAAAGAUUAUCACUAACAGCGUCCAAGCAAAAAGAGGAAAUGGAUACCCUAAGACAGAACUUAGAAUUAGCUCUAACACAAGCCAACAAGCAACACAAAGAGGAGAUGCAACAACUAAAAGCAGAUUUAAAUCAGAGACACAAGGAUGAAAUAGCUCAGUUGAAUCAGCGCAAUUUAGCUGAACGUGCGGCAUGGGAAGGCCAUACGAAGUCCUUACUGGAAUCUCAAUAUACUGCCAGGGAAACUAUGUUAAGAGAACAAUUCAAAAAAGAACGUGACCGCCUGUUAGAAUCUGCAGUUCAUCGACUAGAGGCUGAAGCAAAUGAAGCACGUCAGGAAACUGAUCGCCAAGCGGAAUUAAAGAUCAAACGUGUAAGAGAAAAAUUUCAAACUGAAAUUGAAGAACUUGAAAGGUCUGAAAAGCAAGCAAUGGAAAAAUAUUGUCAGAUGAAGACCCAAUUUUUGGACAAAGAACAUGAGGCAGACAGACUUCGAUCACAACUUACUCAAAAAGACCAAGAACUGACUGAAGUUCGAGUACUAUACGAGAAACUAAAUCAAGAACGUCAAAAUAUUUCUGAUGUGAUUCGUCAAGAAUUUGCUGAUCGGCUUGUUCUUGUGGAAGAAGAAAAUAGGUCGAUAAAGCGUGAAUUGGCUGAAAGCCGGGCUCGUGCAAAAGCUGAACACGACAGGCAUGAAAAAGAAAUUGAAGCCGUCAAAAAGCUGAACAACUCUGAAAUAGAGACCGUUCAUCAAAAACUUAAGGAAUUAAUGAAGAAAAAAGAUGAAAAACUUGUAAUGCUACGAGAAACCUUACAAAACGAAAUUGAGAAAAAAGAAAGAGAACUGGAUGCAGCCAAUCAAAGAGCACAACAUUUGGAGGAGUUGAUGGACCAACAAAGAAAACAAUUCUUACAUUCAAAUUACUGA